AUGGCGCCCAAGAAGCCCGCGCAGACGUACGGCCGCAUCGCGCUGAGCGACCUGACUGCGUCCCAAACGAGCCAGUGGACCGUGCGAGCUGUAGCCGGAAGCUCGCGGCAGUUCGAGUGCCCGCAGGCCCAGAACAACGCGCCAACUGACCCCGACGUGGCCGCCGCGGCCUUGCGCCUGCAGACGGCGACGCUGGACGAGCGCAGGAGCGUUGGUCUCCGCUGUGGCGCCUGCGACAUCGCGGCCUUCGAGUCUCUGGACGAGCAGUACGCGCACUUCAAGUCGGCGGCGCACUGCGUCAACCUCAACCGCCGAGCCCGAGGCCUCGCGAGUCUCUCGGAGGAGAACGCGCUCGCGUAUCUGGAGCGUCACAGCCAGGACAAGAAGAGCAAGGCAGAGAAGGCGGACGAAGGCUAUAGAUCAUCCUCUUCUUCUUCCUCCUGGUCGGAGGAGGAGGAAGAUGAAGAUGAGCAGGAGAAGGUGGCUACGACCACAGAGCCCGUGGUGGAGUUCUCGGACGGCAAGAGCAUCUUCAAGGUGUUCAAGAACAUUCUACCGGAUGCCGACGAGGAGAGCUUCAACCCGUACGCUUCUCUGGACAAAGUCUGCGCGUCCAAGUUCCGGUGGGCGGUCUUCCUGCUGCGUAGCGGUCGCUUCGCAGGCGCUGUGUUCGAGAAGGACAAGGCACUGUGUCACAAGACGUUCCAGCGGUACACGACCCGGCGGAAGCAGGGAGGUGCUCAGUCUGCAAGCGACGCUAGCGGCAAGGCCAAGUCGGCGGGUGCUACGCUCCGAAGGUACAAUGAAGCCGCGUUGAAGCAGGAUGUGGCAGCGUUGCUGCUGGAGUGGAAGGACGUGUUGAAGGAUGCGGACUUGAUCUUCCUCUCGAGCGGGAAGACGGAGCGCGCGACGUUUUUCCCCGAGAAAAAUGCGGUGCUGCAGCCAGGCGACAAGAGACUGAAGCGGAUUCCUUUUGCUACCUUCCGUCCGACGUUCGAAGAGGUGUGCCGAGUGCGUUCCGACCUCUGCAGCGUUCGGUUCUCGCCACUCGAAGCAGAGGCAUCGUCUCCGAUUGAUGACUCCAAGAAGUCGAAGAAGAAAAAGAAGAAACAACCGAGAGAUUCGCCCUCCAAUGCUGCAGCUAAGGUAGAAACCCCCAAGGACGAGGAGGUGGACGAAGAAGAAGAAGUUCCCCGGAUCAUCCAGCUAGUGAAUGACGGUGACCUGAAGGCGAUCAAGGAGCUACUUUCGAGUGCCGAAGAAAAAGACAUCGAAGUAAACGAGGUAGACGCAAAGUUCAUGUCGGCACUUCACCACGCUGCUGCAAAGAACGCAGUCUCCAUUCUGGAAUAUCUUCUCGAGCAAGGAGCCAACCCGGCCCUUGUGGAUCUUCACAACCGCCCGCCGUACUUCCUCUGUGGAACAAAAGAAGCUCGCAAUGCAUUCCGUCGGUACAUGGCAGAGCACCCAGAUGCGUGGGACUACGCGACGGCGCAGAUUCCCGAGGGUCUUACGAAGGCUCGCCAGGAAGAGCUUGAACGCAAAAUUGCAGCAGGCCUUGCUUGCGAUUUUUGCGGCAAGUACGCAGGCAAGUCUCCGUUCACACGCUUGGAUUUUAAGUACUGCUCGACGGGCUGUGUCAAUGGACACAAGCGCAAGCUGAUGAGCGAAGCCGCUCUGCGCCGGCUUGGGGGUUGA